CACUCUGUUACUGCGCUUCUUUCUCAUCAUUCAUUCAAAUUUUCUUAUUUUAUUAUCAUUAUUAUUAUUAAUUAAUUAAUUUUUUCACACUGUUUCUACUAGUUAUUAUUAAUAUUAUAAUAUUAUUAUUACUACUAUUCUACUCUGGCGUUUUCUGAAGAAGAAGCUGUGUCGUGUGAGAUCUGAUAACAACAACAACAGCGGUUGGUUUCUCAAAGGUUUCAGUUUCUGCAUCAUGAGCCAAGAUACAUGGAUUGUUAACAAGGCUGUUCAAUGAAGAAAUCAUAAUGAGUAGGUUAGGGUGGAAUCACUGUCCAUGGGCACCCCUGACAAAAAGAUAUCUGAUCUUGUUGAUGUAGUUAGGUCCUGGAUCCCUCGAAGAGUUGAGCCACCAAAUGUGUCGAGGGAUUUUUGGAUGCCAGAUCAAAGUUGUCCCUUAUGCUACGAGUGUGAUUCACAGUUUACAGUAUUCAACCGCAGGCAUCACUGUCGUAUCUGUGGCCGAGUUUUUUGUGCAAAAUGCACUGCUAAUUUUGUUCCUUCGUCUCCGCGUGAGCCAAAUAUUGGUCGUGAAGAUUGGGAAAGGAUUAGGGUCUGUAACUAUUGCUUUAAGCAAUGGGAGAAGGGAGUAGCAGCUGUUGAUAAUGUCACUCCCUCAGCCACCCCUUGUCUCAGCCCUUCGCCAUCUUCGACAAGUUUGGUCAGCUCUAAGUCCAGUUGCACCUGUCACAGUAGCAGCAGCACUGCCGGUUCAGUUCCUUAUUCAACAGGGUCUUAUCAGUGUGUGCCUAGUAGUCCACAUCAAUCUUCCCAAAUGAAUCUAAUAACAGACGAGCAAGAAAAUUUAAAUUCAGGGAUGAGUACUAAUCCCUCUGAAGCUGUAGAGAAUUUGAAUUCUAACCAAUAUGGCUAUUGCUUCAACAGGAGUGAUGAUGAGGACGAUGAUUAUGGUGUUUACCAUUCCGACACAGAAUCAAGGCAUUAUUCUCGCAUCAAUGACUAUGAUGAUCUAGUUAACAUUCAAGGGAUUGACCGUGUCUAUGGACCACAUAUAAUGCAUUCCGAUGGAGAUAACAUUCAAGAAAGAAGUUCGAGUUGCCUAGCGCCACCACAGAAUCUUGAGUUAGAUGGUACAGAUGGAGUUCAAGCACUGGGAAAAGAAGCCGAUGAGCAUGAUCAUACCGAUGAAUGUGAAACAUCUCCCUAUCAAGAGGAGGCUAAUAAUAUGGAGCCUGUGGAUUUUGAAAAUAAUGGGCUGCUGUGGCUACCUCCGGAGCCGGAGGAUGAAGAGGAUGAUAGAGAAGCUGCUCUUUUUGAUGACGAUGAAGAUGAAGGUAGUACUGGAGAAUGGGGAUAUCUACGAUCCUCCGCUAGCUUUGGUUCUGGAGAAUUUCGCAGCAGAGAUAAAUCAGGUGAGAAUAACAGGAAAGCAAUGAAGAAUGUUGUGGAAGGGCAUUUUAGAGCUCUGGUAGCUCAGCUUUUGCAGGUGGAAAGCCUAACUGUUGAUGAUGAUGGCAAAGAAAGUUGGUUGGAUAUAAUUACCACUUUGUCUUGGGAAGCUGCAACCCUUCUGAAGCCUGAUACGAGCAGAGGUGGAGGUAUGGAUCCUGGUGGAUAUGUAAAGGUUAAAUGCAUAGCUUGUGGGCAUCGAAAUGAAAGCAUGGUGGUUAAAGGCAUAGUUUGUAAGAAGAAUGUAGCUCAUCGGCGAAUGACUUCAAAAAUUGAUAAACCACGUUUUAUAAUACUUGGAGGUGCUUUGGAGUAUCAGCGUGUUUCUAACCAGUUAUCAAGUGUGGAUACAUUGUUACAGCAGGAGAUGGACCAUUUGAAGAUGGCAGUUACGAAGAUUGCUGCUCAUCACCCCAAUGUUCUUUUGGUCGAGAAGUCAGUAUCUCGUUAUGCUCAAGAAUACCUUCUUGCUAAAGACAUAUCUCUUGUUCUGAAUAUUAAAAGGCCACUUUUAGAACGUAUUGCUCGUUGUACUGGGGCACAGAUUGUCCCUUCAGUUGAUCAUUUGUCCUCCCAAAAACUGGGUUACUGUGAAGCGUUUCACGUCGACAAAUUUUUUGAGGAGCAUGGUAGUGCUGGACAAGGUGGGAAAAAAUUAACGAAGACUUUGAUGUUCUUUGAGGAUUGCCCGAAACCGCUGGGUUGCACUAUUUUGCUUAAAGGCUCUAAUGGGGAUGAGUUGAAGAAGGUGAAACAUGUAGUCCAAUAUGGAGUCUUUGCAGCCUAUCAUUUGGCGCUGGAAACAUCUUUUUUGGCAGAUGAAGGUGCUUCACCUCUAGAGUUUCCCUUGAAAUCUCCCAUAACUGUUGCACUACCUGAUAAACCAUCUAGUAUUGUAAAAUCCAUUUCAACUAUCCCUGGAUUUUCUUCUGUCACCGGUAGAGGGCAUCAGGGAGCUCAAACUAAUAAAGAAGGACCAAAAUGUAACGAUGGCUACAAGACGCAUAGAACCUUACCUAGCUGCAGUGGAUCCAUUGAAAGAUCACUGGCGGGUGAGUCAAUCCACAUGCAUGAGAUCUCUGGGGACGUCUCACAAUUAGCUCAGGAUAUGUCAUCUUCCCACUGCAAUAGUUUCCUCACAAAUACUGCUUUUGAGAAGGAUGGCAAAGAACGUCCCAAGGAAUCCUUACAUUGCAGACAAGAUGAGGGAACAAAGACAAUGAUACAUGCUGAUAUUAUUUCAGAUUUCUUUGGUACCCUAGAGCCUUCGGGGAGAGAUGGCAAUAACCAUAUCAAAGCUGUAUCAUUGGCUUCAAAUCAAGGACCUGAUCCUGAGUCACCUAUUGUAAAACACGAUGACAAUAACAAUAAUUUUGAUAAUGACAUGAUACAUUCAAAAGAAGAUUUUCCUCCCUCAACUUCUGACCAUCAGAGUAUUUUGGUUUUCUUAUCAACACGUUGUGUGUGGAAAGGAACUGUUUGUGAAAGAUCCCAUCUUGUGAGAAUUAAAUACUAUGGAAGCUCUGAUAAGCCUUUGGGUCGAUUUUUGAAAGAUCAACUAUUUGACGAGAAAUACACUUGCCGCUCAUGUGAAAUGCCACCGGAAGCUCAUGUUCAUUGUUAUACUCAUCGGCAAGGGAGCCUGACAAUUUCUGUGAAGAAACUAUCAGAGUUUCCUUUACCAGGGGAAGGGGAAGGUAAAAUCUGGAUGUGGCACAGGUGCCUGAAAUGUCCUCGUGUAAAUGGUUUUCCUCCUGCCACACGGAGAGUAGUUAUGUCUGAUGCUGCUUGGGGCCUAUCCUUUGGGAAAUUCUUGGAGCUGAGUUUCUCAAAUCAUGCAGCAGCAAGCAGGGUUGCAAAUUGUGGUCAUUCUCUUCACAGAGAUUGUUUAAGAUUCUAUGGAUUUGGGAAGAUGGUGGCCUGCUUUCGUUAUGCUUCGAUUGACCUUAAUUCUGUUUAUCUUCCUCCAUCUAAACUUGAAUUCAACUACGAUAGUCAGGACUGGCUACAGAAAGAAGCUCAUGAGCAGGUACAUAACAAGGCGGAAAUACUGUUCAGUGAAGUGUGCAGCGCUCUAAAUCAAAUUUCAGAAAAGUUUUCAGGUUCUGUGCUGCAGGAGGGUGGAAAGGCAGUGGCAGAUUUUAGGCAUUUGAUUGUUGAACUUAAAGAAAUUCUGCAGAAAGAGAAAGAAGAAUCUGAGGUCUUGUUACAGAAGUUUCUGCAUCAAGAGGGCAUAGCUGGUGGGCUCAUGGUUGAUGUUCUAGAGCUCUGUAAAUUGCGCCGGCAUAUCCUUAUUCUUUCUUUUGUAUGGGACCAGCGCCUGAUAUAUGCAUCCAAUCAAGGUAAAAUUACUUUUUCAGAAGAUUCAAAGAACUCCUAUCAGAAAGUGAAAUCAAUUGGUUCUAAGGAAAAAGCUGUGGAGACAGAUGUGGUCACUAGGUCUGCAAGAAGCCAUAGCAGUUCUGAUUCCUUUCUUUUGGAAACAAAACCUGAUGGAAACCUUGAUUUAGAAAACUCUAGCCACCUUAGCCAGUCUGGUGAAAUGAUCAAAGGUGAGGACAAGAGUAAAGACAUAGGCCAGAGUAAAUUUGAUCUUUCUCUCUCUCAUGACGCAAAUAUCAAUGAUAAAUCAAACUCUUCGGAGUUUGGAGGAGCUAUCCGGAGGAGGAGGACUUCGUCCGAGGGGGGAUCUCGUAAUGUGGCCAAUUUAUCUGAUACCCUUGACGCAGCAUGGACUGGGGAGAACCACCCGGAAAAUAUACUAUACGAAGAAAAUGGUUGUCCAGCUCCUGAUGUAGCAGCUGUGACAGUUCAUUCACCUACGGUAAUAGCUACUGCAAAAUCAAAUCUUGAUAAUUAUACUGCUGGUAUAGGUGGAACCGAAACAGGAAACACUCAUGACUCUAAAUUGCAUUCCAAAGGUCUUGACACUAGAUGGUCUGGGAUGCCUUUUGCUAACUCAUAUUCAUUCGACAAAACUUCUGCCUUCAAUACACAGAAACUUGUUGAUUACAACUUUGUCCACAUUUUAUCAUUUCGAGAGUUGGACCGCCAGACGGGUGCUAGACUGCUUCUUCCUGUUGGCAUUAAUGAUACCAUAGUGCCAGUCUAUGAUGAUGAACCGACUAGUGUUAUAGCACAUGUGCUUGUAUCAAAAGAUUAUCAUAUCCAGAUGUCAGAUUCUGAUAGGCCUAAAGACAGUCUAGAAAGUUCAGUUUCAUUGCCACUAUUUGAUUCGACAAGCCUACUUUCUCUGAACUCUUUGGAUGAGACAAUUACAAACAGCUACAGAAGUUUUGGAUCAUCUGAAGAGAGCAUGACGUUAUCCACUUCUGGGUCUCGGAUGGUUGGGGAUUCACUCCUGUAUUCAAAGGAUUUUCAUGCAAGGGUUUCUUUUAAUGAUGACAGUUCCCUUGGAAAAGUGAAAUAUAAUGUAACUUGCUACUAUGCAAAGAGAUUUGAGGCUCUAAGAAGAACUUGUUGCCCUUCUGAGCUUGAUUUUGUGCGGUCCCUUAGUCGUUGUAAGAAGUGGGGGGCUCAGGGAGGAAAGAGCAAUGUUUUCUUUGCAAAAACCUUGGAUGAUAGAUUUAUCGUCAAGCAGGUUACAAAGACAGAGCUUGAAUCAUUUAUCAAGUUUGCACCGGCUUAUUUUAAAUAUUUAUCAGAGUCAAUCAGUACGGGAAGCCCAACUUGUCUGGCAAAGAUCUUGGGAAUUUAUCAGGUAACAUCAAAGCACCUCAAAGGAGGGAAGGAAACAAAAAUGGAUGUUUUGGUUAUGGAAAAUCUUCUUUAUCGGCGCAACAUAAGACGGCUUUAUGAUCUCAAAGGUUCUUCUCGAUCCAGGUACAAUCCAGAUACAAGUGGGAGCAAUAAAGUUCUGCUGGAUCAGAAUCUCAUUGAAGCUAUGCCGACCUCUCCAAUAUUUGUUGGGAACAAGGCAAAGCGGCUUCUUGAGAGAGCUGUGUGGAAUGAUACUGCAUUCCUUGCUUCAAUAUAUGUGAUGGACUACUCACUGCUUGUUGGCGUGGAUGAGGAGAAGCAUGAGCUAGUUUUAGGCAUCAUUGAUUUCAUGAGGCAGUAUACAUGGGACAAGCACCUUGAAACUUGGGUGAAGACCUCAGGUAUUCUUGGUGGACCCAAGAAUACUUCUCCAACUGUUAUAUCACCGCAGCAGUACAAGAAACGGUUCAGGAAAGCGAUGAGCUUAUAUUUCCUGAUGGUGCCUGAUCAAUGGUCUCCUCCAAGCUUACAAACCAGUGAAUCCCAAAACGACCUUUGUGAUGAAAAUUCAUGAGGUGGGGCCCAUUUGAUUGAUAUGUUCAAUGUUUAUAUCUUGUAAAUGUUAAGAUAAAGAUUACAGCUUCCAUUCAUGUCUGUUCUCUUUUUUCUUAUACCCUCGAUAUAUUUCUGCUGCAUUUGUAUUAUGUGAUAAAUGCAGGUGUAAAUUUGUGUUCCUUAGAAAAAACAUGGUAGGUGCACCUUCAAUUACCGGGGAAUGUUCAAAGGGAAUUGCUGGAUCAUGUCUGUUAAGGCUAACUGUACAGUGAUUUGUUUAUUUUCCCUCUCAAUUUUUGAUCUACAAAUCAUAACUUUCUGAAGGCAUUUUGUAUUAUAACACCUUUUCUUUA